AUGACAGCUCAGGAUGUGGACACCGUAAUUAAUUCAUUGAAGGAAAGUGUAAACAUUCAUUUUUUCUCUAAGACAUGUACGUAUGUGAUAUUUUAUUCAUAUCCACUGCAUUUAUCUAGAUUUGAUUUAAAUUUAUAUAAAUUUUAUAAUAAGAAUAUAGAAGAUAUUAUUAGUAAACUAAAUUAUCAUGAGAAAUGUUCGAAUUGUUUUAUGGAAGAUCCUACAGUUCUCAAAAUUUGUUGCAAUGUUAAGGAAAUAUGUCAAAAAUGGAAUGCACUAUGCAAUAAUUUUGGUUUAAGUACUAGAAAUUGUAAUGAUUUUUUUUUCAAAUGGUUAUAUGGGAUAAUAAAAAAAAGCAAUUGUAGUGCAAGAGAAAUUAUUUAUUUUUACUCUAAUAUACGUGAACAUUGGAAAUGUAGAAAAACUGGUAAUGAAAGCGUAGAAAAAUAUUUACAAAUAAUAAACAAUAACACUAUAAGUUAUAAAAAAGAUUUUUAUGAUUUUCUGAAGUAUUACAGCACUAUAAAUGAUUUGUUAAGUAAAAAGGUUAUUUUGGACAAAACCCCAUACUGUAAAUAUCUUGAUUAUAUUUUUCGCAUAUACAAAAAGAUUCAUGAAGAUCAUAAUGCAUUUUAUUCCGGAAUCUAUGAUGAAGAUAUAAAACACUUUAAAAAAAUGUUAAAACAUGAUAAUAUAUUUAAAUAUUUUAAAGAAUCAUGCCCAAAUGUUAAAUUGGAAUUAAUAUUAGAGGAAGAUAACAUAAAAAUACAAGAUAAUAUAAGUGCGGAUAUUACAGAAAAAACUUUGAAGUAUUUUAAAACUACAGAAAUAGAAAACUUGUGGAAAACUUCUCAAUUAUAUAAUAUUUAUUUAGAGCUAAAUGUAACAUGUGAUAGCAAUCAAUUAACACUAGAAAAUUUUGAUACUUUAAACCAUAAAGACAUUAAGGACAAUUAUUUCUCUAAUACAUUUUGGAAAAAUCUUGAAGGAAUAUUAGAUAAAUGGUAUAAUAUUCUUAAAAAAUAUAAGUAUUUAAGCAGCAAUAAGAUUUGUGAUUAUUUUAACUAUUGGUUAUAUGAUAAACUAAAGGAUACUCCCAAUCCUCGAAAUCUUAUCCCCUUUCUAUACAAAUUAAGAGAAUUAUUUAUCAUAAAUGGGCAUUGUAAUAGUAAAAUAUAUGAUUUUCGUAUAGAUCAAAUAAAAAAAAAGAAGGCGUUAUAUGAGUUUUUAGAAUUAUACGAAAUUUUAAAAGUUAGAUUAUAUAAAAUUGGGAAUGAAGGAACAACCAAAUAUUGCGAUUAUAUAGAGGAAAUGUUUGAUUUGUACAAGGAUAUGGAACGUGAUAGAAUAAAUUUACGAGGAUACUCUGAAGAAAUAAAAUAUUUUCAAGAAAAAUUUUUACAGAAUUCGCGUGAAUUAACUUUCUUAAGUAUUAAAUGUCCUGGAAGAUGUCUAAAAUAUAUAUUCAGUGAUAAAUAUAAAAAAAACUGCAACUCAACAGGGCCGGCUAGUUCAGACCAAAAGGGGGCAGAGGAACAAUGUUCUGAGCAUAGAAAGUUUGAUGUAAGCAAGAGUGAAGAUGAAAAUGUAAAUUUGUUUUAA